AUGAGCACGUCGCGUGGAGGCGAAUCCAUUCUCAGCAGACUUACUUUCCCUGACAUCAAACUCGAUGCGCGCGCGGUUCAUAAAGGGGCUAUCACAAAAGCACGUACUUCAAUUGAUGUGGAUGAUUGGCGCAAUUGGGAUGGAUUCGACUACAAUACAUUGACAAAACUGUUUGAAGGCGAUCUCCUAAAGGAUUAUCCAGAGUCACACCCAACACGUACGGCGCUGGAGAUAGAGAAGAAAAUUGUGAAUGAAGAUACUUUGGCCGAAGCGCUGCAGAGUUUCGUAGUUCCCAUCGUGAAUUUUGCUCUACAGCAACAUCACCUAAAGCCCCACGUCGGCGUAGGAUCUCGCUGUAAGAUGGAGAAGAACAAAACACCAGAUUGGUCGACCAUAUCUGCAACCGAAAACUUCGCCGGAAAUCUAACGAACCACGAGCAACACCCUGAAUAUAUCAAUAUUCUCCCUGGAGACACCAAACUACAUGCGAAGUGGUCCCCUGAAAUGAAGAAUUCGGACAAAGCACAAUGGAAAUUGGGCAUCAUACAGGUUGUUGACUACAUGGCUCUGUGGAAUUCUCGAUACGGAUUCAUCAUCACUGACGGAGGUCUCGUAGCCCUGAGGCUCACUCGCCAAGGUACAGGAGUAGGAGUGAAAAAAAGACUUCCUCGAGCGGCCAAAGGCUCCCACACGCGAUCCACUGGCUACGAUAUUGAGAGGGAGGAAGACCAUUCAACCUACACAGAUAACGACCACUCAGAAAGGGAAUAUGAGGAUCCUGAGUAUGUCUUCGUCCCAUGGAGAAGUGUGGAGAACCCAACAAAGAGACAAAACCAGAAAGAGCAAGAGAAGCAGAAGGAGCACCAGAAACGGAAAGAGAAGCAGAAAGAGGACCAGAACGCGAAGGACAAAUCGCUCACAUUGAAGUUGACUUUAUAUUGCUUGACUUUGAUGGCCAUCAACGAAAAUUUUAUCGACUACUCAUAUCCGGACCUCGACUCUUGGCGUCAGGAGGAAGGUGGAACAUACAUUCAUAAUACAACAGGGAGGAAAGUUUCCAAGUUACCCAAAAAUGCGCGAAUACAAUCUCCCAAAGAUCUAAAUUUGGAGGACCAGCAAUCCACGAGCUCGUCUGAUGAUGCUCUGGGGCAGCCCAGUGAAUACAGUAGUGUCUCACACAGGCAUAGCCGUCAGGUGACCCGGAUUAGUCCAUACCCGCCCGACGAUGGGUCUGGUGAUGAACUCUCCGCUGAACCUUCAACUGUGGAAGGCGCCCGUAGCAAGGGUACAAGAUAUACCUUACGACAAAAACCGAAAAAAGGUGUCUAA